UAAAGAAGAUCUCAGGCACAUCUCCACCAGUGAUACUUUUUGCGCCCAUCUCCUAUUAGUCACAUGGCAAGUGCCUCGCAUUGCCCCAAGCUUUCACAAUCAAGUAACCUUCCUUAUUUAGUGGUGUCUCUUAUCUUUCAAAGUCAAACAAAGACUGCCAGACGCUGUUAAUUUCUGUUGCUCAGAGAGGUUGAUUCUAACUUUUAAGCAGGUCGAUGUAACAUUACUAACCCCACCAGGAAGGUAGAAAGAUUACCUAGUUACCCCUCCCUUCGUCGUCAUACAUAUUGUCAGGGCCUUGAACAUGGCUUUUCUUCUGGAGAUCUGAAGAACGAUGGUAUCAUCGAAAUCUACAGCAUGAUCAGUAAAUAUCGAUACAAAAAUGUUUUAAGAAUUUCUCCUGGGGUGGAGUGCCAGUCAGGCAGAAAUGUUCAGUUCCUCGCUCAGAGGAUGGCAACGAUCUUCUUACGAUCGACUCUGUUGUGUCCAUCCGGAUUAUUUAUUGCAGAUGUUUUGAGGGCGAUUCUCUUUGAGUCAAGCUUUAUUGCCAAAUUACGUUCUAGAAUGCUUAUAAUGGCAUGGGGCAACCUCGUAAGCUUUCCAUGCCGGCUUUCCACAUUCCCUUCUAGGUGCUUGAUCCCCCACUCAACGUGGCAUGGGCUUCAUAUAUUAUAACUUUGUCGGCGUGCAAGACUCGGACAAUUUAAUUGGAACCCCUGCUCCCCGUUGAUCUGUUCGAACAUCUGGUCAUUCGAUCGACAUGGGAGCAUCCUCGAAGUUGAGUUUGCUCGGCUUCGGCUCGAAAUCAUCCUGACAUUGUCUAUCACUUCACGGAAGCUCCGGUAGAAGAUCACUAGUGUGUGCUGCAUGUUGGAGCAGCUAUUUGAGCUACAACAGAGCUACCCCUCCAAGUCGCUGCAAUUUUUCCCUCUGACCUCAAGCAUUUUCAUCGGACAAGACAAAGAGUGUGGUCUCGAUUUCUCUUCCUAUAUGCUAAACAUGAUUCUGUAUUUUGUAUCAUCGUUGGCACUGUUUGCAGGGGUGAAUGGUAUUCGUUAUACCCAGCCAAAUCUUCAAGCCAGAUCUCUUGACAACCAUAAGUUGGCAAGACAGCUGCCCGCGAAUCCAACAGGAUUGAAGACUAUCAUCACUCCUCAGAAUGUGACGAUCAGGUACAAGGAACCAGGCAAGGAGGGAGUUUGUGAGACGACUCCCGGAGUCAACUCUUACUCUGGUUACAUUGAUCUCGAUGAGAACUCGCAUACAUUUUUCUGGUUCUUUGAAGCGAGGAACAACCCCAAGGAUGCACCCAUCACGCUUUGGCUUAAUGGCGGCCCAGGAUCGGAUUCUCUGAUCGGAUUGUUUGAAGAACUUGGCCCGUGUAAUGUUACUGCGAACCUUACAACGCAGGUCAAUCCAUACUCUUGGACCGAGGUCUCGAACAUGCUAUUCCUGUCACAGCCACUAGGAGUUGGAUUCUCUUAUGGUGCUGAAGGGGAGGGCAGCCUCGACUUAGUGGGUACUUACCAGAACAGCUCAGUAAAUGGAGUCGAAGGCCGAUACCCAGUAAUUAAUGCAACAGCGCUCGACACUACGGACCUGUCAGCUGUCGCUGCCUGGCACGUUCUGCAAGGAUUUCUAGGCGGACUUCCACAACUAGAUUCCAGUAUAGCUUCCAAAGAAUUCAACCUUUGGACGGAGAGUUAUGGUGGACAUUACGGACCAGCUUUCUUCAACUACUUCUACGAACAAAACGAAAUGAUUGCCAAUGGCUCUACUCAGGGAAUUCAACUCAACUUCAACUCUCUCGGAAUUAUCAACGGCAUUAUCGACGAGUACAUCCAAGCUGCACACUUUCCUGAGUUUGCAGUCAACAAUACCUACGGGAUCAAAGCAGUCAAUGAUACUGUUUACAACUACCAGAAGUUUGCACUCAAUAUGAUCUCCGGUUGUCUCGAUCAGCUCAGAAUGUGCAGAGGAACAAACCUCACAAGUCUUUCCGACCAAGCUGUCUGUACCGAGGCAGAGAACAUGUGUAGAGACAACGUCGAAGGACCGUACUAUUACUACUCUGGACGAGGGGCGUACGAUAUCCGACAUCCAGCAGAUGAUCCAACGCCACCAGAUUACUACGUUGAGUACCUUAACAUGGACUCUACGCGAAAUGCCCUUGGAGUCAACCUCAAUUAUAGCCAGUCGAAUAAUGAAAUCUACUACGCCUUCCAACAGACAGGAGACUUUGUGUACCCCAAUUUCAUCGAGGAUCUGGAAAUUUUGUUGAAUAACAGCGUUAGAGUGUCUUUAAUCUACGGUGAUGCUGACUACAUUUGCAAUUGGUAGGAUUUACAGCCAUCUGUCAUGCAGCUAUGGAGCAUUGCUGAUACUAUAACAGGUUUGGAGGCCAAGCAGUCUCCCUUGGCGUCAAUUACAAAUACAAAGAGGAGUUUGCAGCUGCUGGUUAUGCACCAUUUAUGGUAGAUGGUACAGAAUAUGGCGAAGUUCGUCAACGUGGAAAUUUCUCUUUCACCAGAGUCUAUGAGGCUGGCCACAAAGUUCCCUACUAUCAACCAAUAGCCAGUCUUGAGCUAUUCCGGCGAACUCUUCUGGGCUUGGAUCUGGCGAAUGGUAAUCUAAGACUAUCCGCCAACUACACGACCACGGGAACGGCAAACUCGACCCAUACAGAAUCUUUCGUUGCAUUACCCUCAACCUCAUCUAGCGAGGCAAUUGGAGCGUCAACAAUGACAUCUAGUGCGGCACCAUCUACCACUGUUGCACCUCAAGUCGUUGAAUGGUGAAGCUCAUCCAGGAGUUGGAGGUGUGGUGUGGAGACUUCAUAAUCAUAGAGUCAAUGAAACUUGCAACAUGGCAUUAGCCAAAAUAUGAUAGAUAUUGCUUUAGCAUGGCCUUAUUUCCAAAGCUGCAGCUGGCUUUGACAAAAAUUGCUGUACUUUGGAAAGUCAGAUUCGUUGACUUCAAGCACUCAGUGGGAUAUCUCAAAUGGGACCCUGCCAAUUGUGUCUCUGGGGAUACUCUCGCCAUGCAUAGAAUUUCUAUAUUGAUAUUUCGGCUUCUCAUGAAAUGUUCGUAAAUGUUCGUCAAACUGUGGACGCGUUAAUGGAGUUUCAUAGACGAGACAUUUGUUGCUGUGUUGAUAGGACGCGAUGUUGACUUAGAGCCUGAAGUGGGUUGGGCCGGGCGGAAUUUCUUCGGCCCUGCACCUCGCAACGCGACUUGAACAUUGGCGAACGCGCCU